AUGGGCCAAAGUGGCAACAUCCAGGAUAGUGUGGAUAGGCAUUUAGGCCUUUUCUCACGACAGUCAGAAGCAGUGGAUCCCCUGGCUGCUUAUGAAGGCUGUGAAUUAAAACCACACAUUCCUCAAGUCGGUCCUCAUGACAUAUGGAUUAAGUUCAUCAGUGAGCGUAUUGAGAUUGCAAAGUAUGAUAGUGAUGCUCAAGUUGCAAUGUUUGCUGGCAUGUUUCACCGGACUCUUCAUAUGACUGUGGGCAACCCAGAUUCCAAGAUCAACCGUCACAUUUGUGCUCUUGGCACACGGUUCCGCCUCCUGUCGUGUGCACUCACUUUAAUUCAGGACUUUACAUCGUAUCAAUAUGGUGGGGGGGCUUCGCUUUCACCUUCUGUCGCUUCGGAUCUGAGGUCUACUUCAGGAGAAUUUGUCAUGACAAAUGGGUGGAUUAACACUGUUCCUCUUUCAUCUAACACCUCCACUCUAUCCAAGAGAUCUACACGUAGCAAGAGACUCAUCAACCCAGACAUAUAUGUUAAAGAUUACCUCAAGAAGCGAGCACUCAUUCUGUCAUUGCUGGCUGUUGAAAUUCAGACCCUGAGAGUUUGGCUGCAGCCACCUCGGCCUGCAGGACAAGGUGGAGAAGUGACCACAACUCAAGAGGAAGCUCUUGUCAAGUGGCUCUCAGGUGGCUUCAAUAGUCCCAAGGCAUGGAGUGGCAACACAAACCUAGCUUGGAGCAUAUCUCCUGCAUUAGCUGUAUUUCUACCUACAAGAAUUCAUAAUGUUCAGGGAUUAGAUGAAGAGAUCAGCCACCUAGUGAGAGACAAUCCUAUAGCUGUUAGCCAUCUUCCAGAUGCCCUGCAGUACUUGGCUACAUCAGAAAAUAUUCUCUCUGACAUUCCAGAGAUGGGUUAUGUUGCUGAAUUGAUCAAGUUAGCAGCAAAAAAAUCACAACUCCUCCUCCACCAGCUGAUUUGGAAUAUGGAAACUAAUAAGUAUAGAGAUGAAGAGGGUCAUGAGAAAGAUGGUAAGCUAUUAUGUUUUAUGGUAAUUUCAUUUUUGCCUUUUGUGUGAGCUAUUUUGCAGAUU